AUGGCACACCAGACGGGCAUCCAUGCCACUGAAGAGCUAAAGGAGUUCUUUGCUAAGGCCCGGGCUGGCUCUGUCCGGCUCAUCAAAGUCGUCAUUGAGGACGAGCAGCUUGUGCUGGGCGCCUCGCGGGAGCUGGCAGGUGGCUGGGACCAGGAUUAUGACAGAACCGUGCUGCCUCUACUGGACACCCAGCAACCAUGCUACCUGCUCUACCGUCUUGACUCACAGAAUGCCCAGGGCUUCGAGUGGCUGUUUCUUGCCUGGUCACCUGACAAUUCCCCAGUACGACUGAAGAUGCUGUAUGCGGCCACACGGGCCACAGUGAAGAAAGAGUUUGGGGGCGGCCACAUCAAGGAUGAGCUCUUUGGAACUGUGAAGGAUGACCUCUCCUUCGCUGGGUACCAGAAGCACCUGUCAUCCUGUGCAGCGCCUGCCCCGCUGACCUCAGCUGAGAGAGAACUUCAGCAGAUCCGUAUCAAUGAGGUGAAGACAGAAAUCAGUGUGGAGAGCAAGCACCAGACCCUGCAGGGCCUUGCCUUCCCUCUACAGCCUGAGGCUCAACGGGCACUCCAGCAGCUCAAACAGAAGAUGAUCAACUACAUCCAGAUGAAGUUGGACCUGGAACGGGAGACGAUUGAGCUGGUGCACACAGAGCCCACAGAUUUGCUCCAGCUGCCCUUGAGGGUGCCCCGAGAUGCUGCCCGCUACCACUUCUUCCUCUAUAAGCAUACCCACGAAGGUGACCACCUUGAGUCUGUUGUGUUCAUCUACUCGAUGCCAGGCUACAAGUGCAGCAUCAAGGAGCGCAUGCUCUAUUCCAGUUGUAAGAGCCGCCUCCUGGACUCCGUGGAGCAGGACUUCCAGCUAGACAUCGCCAAGAAGAUUGAGAUUGGCGAUGGAGCAGAGCUGACAGCUGAGUUCCUCUACGAUGAGGUGCACCCCAAGCAACAUGCCUUCAAGCAGGCCUUUGCCAAGCCCAAGGGUCCUGGGGGCAAGCGGGGCCACAAACGCCUCAUCCGAGGCCCUGGUGAGAAUGGUGAUGACAGCUAG